UUAAGCGCACAUCUACUUUUAGCUGGCUGUCAAGAGAAGCCAAAGAACGGAGUUUGAUUCACUGCGCAUUAGAAAGUUCUUUAAGGGAAGUUAUUAAGAAUUAUAAUGUCCUCAUGGGGAUUGAGGAUGGGUGUUUUUUUCCACGUGCGAAGUAGAGAUUUCUGUUCGUGAUGUAGACGAUUUAACUCAGAAUGUAGCUUUGUGUAGCAUGGCCAGACAGUCGGCACUGUCUGUAUUUAGGAUGUAUGGCCGAAGAAAAAGAGCAACAGCUUAACAGAGGAGUGAAAUUCGCCAAUCAUAUAUAUCGGGAAAAGUAAACACGGUAACAACAGAAAAACGUUCUUAGUAACUUAAGUAAAAUGUGUGUCCAGCAUGCAUUACAGGCUCCUGGAAGGUGCAGCCCGCUUGUCCGGACGGAAGUUGUAAUAUAAGCGGCUGUGCGGUGCACGUCGGCUCCUGGAAAGCGUCGGCAUUGCAGAAGAGGGGCGGAAAAGCGGAAAAAGACCCUUUGGGAAGUGCUGACGCGGCCAGCUGCACGGAGAACACUUCAGGAGCGAAGCGGGGGCAGACCUGGGGGAACCACCAUGCUUCUCUGCUUUAUUAUUUUCGGGGGACUUAUGACAGCCGAUUGCUAUUUUUCCGAGGAGAAACAUCCCGAAGAGUCAAAAAUGCAAUCUCCUACGGUGGUGAUCGCUAUAAUCGCACGAAACGCUGCUCACUCCCUGCCGUACUAUCUGGGGGCUCUGGAGAGAUUAAACUAUCCUAAAGACCGCGUCUCGAUAUGGGCAGCGACGGACCACAACGUGGACAACACCACAGCUAUCCUGCGCGAGUGGCUGACCGUCCUGCAGAAGACCUACCACUAUGUGGAGUGGAGACCUAUGGAACAGCCCACCUCCUACCCAGGCGAGAUGGGGCCCAAGCACUGGACCAAUGGCAGAUAUGAGUACGUCAUGAAGCUCAAACAAGCGGCGCUCAACUUCGCUAGGAGGCGCUGGGCCGACUACAUACUGUAUUCCGACGCCGACAACAUUCUGACCAACCCAGACACGCUGAACCUGAUGAUAAAGGAGAACAAGUCAGUGAUCGCACCUAUGCUGGACUCUCAGACGGCGUACUCCAACUACUGGUGUGGCAUCACCCCCCAGGGUUAUUACCGUCGCACGGCGGAGUACUUCCCCACCAGGCACCGGCGCCGCACGGGCUGUUUCCCUGUCCCGAUGGUGCACUCCACCAUGCUGCUGGACCUCCGCAAGGAGGGCAUGAAGAAGCUGGCUUUCCACCCGCCUCACCGCGAUUACUCCUGGCCCUUCGAUGACAUCAUCGUCUUCGCCUUCUCCUGCCGUGCGGCUGAGGUGCAGAUGUACGUGUGCAACAAGGAGCGCUAUGGCUACAUUAAUGUCCCGGUGAAGCCCCACCAGACCAUCGAGGACGACGGCAUCAACUUCCUUCAUCUGCACCUCGAGUCCAUGAUUAACGAAUUCUCAAUGUUUCCCUCUCGGAACCUGCAUCUGCCUCCCAAACAGACGGAUCUCAUGGGCUUUGAUGAGAUUUACCUGAUAAACUUACGCCGGCGUCCAGAUCGACGUCAGCGGAUGCUGUGGUCUCUCUAUGAGCAGGAGAUCGACGUGAAGGUGGUGGACGCCGUGGAUGGAGGAGCUCUCAACAGCAGUGAUAUUAAGAUCUUGGGUGUCGACCUCCUCCCUGGGUACUAUGACCCUUUCUCCAGACGCACAUUGACCAAGGGAGAGGUCGGCUGCUUCCUCAGCCACUACUACAUUUGGAAGGAGAUGGUGGACAUGCAGCUGGACAAGGUACUGAUCUUUGAGGAUGAUGUGCGUUUCCAGGGCAACUUCAAGCGCCGGCUGAAGCGGUUGAUGGAGGAUGUGGAGAAGGUGGAGCUGGACUGGGACAUCAUAUAUCUGGGUCGGAAGCAGGUUAAACCAGGAGAGCUGGAGCAGGUGGAGAACGUGAAGAACCUGGUGGUGGUGGACUAUUCCCAUUGGACGCUCUCGUACGCCAUCUCCCAACAAGGAGCUCAGAAGCUACUCAACGCUGAGCCACUCUCCAAAAUGUUACCCGUGGACGAAUUCCUGCCAAUCAUGUACGACAAGCACCCCAAUGAGAAGUACAAGGCGCACUUCCCGAACAGGAACCUUCAGGCCUUCUCUACACACCCCCUGCUGGUGCAGCCCAGUCAUUACGCCGGAGAACCUGAGUGGGUGAGUGACACGGAGACGUCGACCAUCUGGGACAACGACGAGGUGCAGACGGACUGGCGUGGCUCCUACAAGACCCUGAAGGGCUCGGCCCCCCCCACAGGCUUCCAGAGCACCUCCAGGGACGAGCUCUAGCCCGAGCUUGUGGCAGGGAACCGGCCCCGGCUUCGGCGACAUGCGGCAGACCUUGGGUCUGGUUCUUGAACAUGUUUCCAGCGGUGGACUAUUGAUGCCACCUCUACAGGGCCGAUCUCCAGGGUCUGGAAAGUCAGUCUAAUCACAGGCACCACGGGCUUAGCGUACAUCUCCAAGUUUGUUCCAUGGUUGAGCGUGGUUUGUUCCAUCCUCCUGCUCUUCACGACCAGCGUUGACAGAUACCUGCAUGUCCACUGACAUUCCUACUAUCUUCUGUCUGACCUCUAUUUCUGUUGGGCUGGACUUCGAAUGACAGUUGGGAUUAUUUGUUUUGUUAAUGGAAAUUAAGGGUUAGUUUAAAAUAACGAUUGAACUUGAGACUCUGAAUGAAAGACUGAAGAGCGGAUGGUCAGACAGCUUCAGCACGGGGCUUAGGGUUAGGGUUAGGGUUAACCCUAACCCUGAAUGAUUCUGGUACUUUCUGUUUCUUUACAGGUAAGUUGUACACUAUUUUUGGUUAUUUUUAAGUUCUGUCAUGAAGUUUUUUUUUUAAUGUGUUUCAUUGUUUUGACUUCUUUUUUACAUCGUGGUGAAAUUCUGUUUAAUGGAAACUGCAUCAAAGUUUUGGGAAAAAAAUGAAAUACUUCAUUAUUUAACCCCACAGCAUGAUCAGUGCUGGUUACUUGAACAUACUGAAUGACGAUGCGUGUCCUGUGAUAUGUGCCUUAGACAUGACUUUUGCAUCACGUGGCUCAUUUUAGCGCUUUGAAAUUCUUGGCUUUAUUUAUAAGAGUUUUUGGUAACAUUUUACUUGACGGGACACAAAUACUUAGUAAUAACUCAGUUACUAUUGAAGUACAAAUCAUGAACAAAUAUAGUCCCUACUUAAGAUACAUCACGAUUCAUUAAUGAUGAAGAAACAUCAGAAAGUAUCAGAAUUUAAGUUGUUACUUCUUCCUUCAGUAGAUCACAAAGGUUUACAGAAUUAACAGAUAUAGUAACAAAUAUAGUAACUGCUUGAGAUAAAACGUGCAUCACAAUUCAUUAAUGAUGAAUUAACAUGAGAUCAGGAUGCAACUAAGACUUAGAUGGUGGUUAAUUAAUACAUAAGUAAUUGCAUAAUGCUACAUUAUUUAUGCCAUGAAGUAAGGUGUUACUUUAAAAAAUAAAUAAAGGUAUUUCCAUUUGGCA